GUGUUGCAUAAUUAUUCGACGGAUUGCACGCAACCACCAGCAUUCUGUCCACAAUUCACCAUGAAAAUGUACAACUUCCCCGGCUGUACUAUCUUGGGCAACAAACUGUACAAGAACAGUGAAUUCGUUCGUGAUUUGAACGCCCAAGACGUGCAACAAUUGAAACAGUUCAUUGCGGAAAACGCAGAAUAUCAAUCAAACGAAACUGCGUUCAACCUUGAAAAUGCAAAUAAUCCCGAAUAUCAACGAGCAAUUCUAAUGGCCGGAAAUGUACCAGUCUCAUUCCCAGGCGCUCCGCAACCACCAAGUCCACCACAAUUUUGCUGA